AUGGCUGGUCAGCAGCCUCUCCGGCGGCUCGGUCUCGACGACGACCUCGUUUCGCGGUUAGCUUCUGCAGGAUUGCACACGGCAGGAGACAUGUUCUCCAAGACCGAGCUCCAGCUGGUGCAGAGCUUGGACGCCAGCCGCGAGAAGGUCGUGGAGCUGCUGGACUACGUGUCGACAAGGAUCGUACCCGAGCAGGCGAAGACGGCCGGCGACCUCCUUCGAGAACGAAGAGAGGCAGGCGCGAGCUUCUUCGUAGCCACAGGAAUUCAACCACUAGACGAUGCUUUGCAGGGUGGCUUUCCCACGGGCAUGAUCACGGAGUUAGUUGGACCAGCGGGCAUCGGGAAGACGCAGACUUGCCUCCAGGUUGCUGCGCAGGCUUGCCUUCCUGCAAAGCUGGGUGGCCUAGGCGAAGACGCGGGCGUGGUCUACUUAGAUACAGAGCGAAAGUUCUCGCCUGACCGGUUGGUGGAAAUUGCGAGCGAGCGACAUCCCGGGCACUACGGAGAAUUCUCGACCGAAAAGGGCUCGAUGGAGCGCCUUCUCAAUCAGGUGACCGUCUUCCCGGUCGACAACUCCGCCGCCCUCGUGGAUCGCUUGGAGACUCUUCAGGCCCGCAUGAUCGAGAGCAACGUCCGUCUGAUUGUUCUUGAUUCCAUCGCAGCUCUCGCUCGUCGGGAUUUUGCAAGAGAGGAUACGUUGAGCCGACAAGAACUCCUCACCCGACAAGCAGCAGUCCUAAAGAGCCUGGCCUACACCUUUUCGGCGGUGGUUCUGGUGACCAACCAAGUCACCACAAGUUUCUACCCCACGUCGGGACUGCAAGGGGGCAGCAGGCAGAGCAUCGCGAGCCACACCAACUCAAGCUCGCGGGAGGGGAAGUCGGCGUUCGAGACAGAGACACGGAUGGUCAUGCGCCGCGGCCAGAGGGCAGCAACGUUCGUACCACGCGCGCUACCGUAUUUUGCCAGGGCCUCCCUCCCGCACCUCUUCGGCUUGGAAGUCUAG